ACUUGGCCGCUUCGCAGAGCGAGAAGAGGCGUGAGCAUCGGCCAUGAGACGAAGCUCGUGGAUGCUUUACUGGCAAGAGGUAAAGCCGUCCAUGCUGCGAUAAAGCUACUCCUGCUGCUGGCGGGGGUUGGGACGGGGAGAGGGGAGAGAUAUCUUGUAGCCGGCUAACCAUUGUGUGUUGAUUAUAGUUCGCGACUAGCGCGGUGUCAAAGCCCAGCAUCUGCCGUGCAUGGUCGCCACAAUCGCCAGGGCCAUCGAAUCCAUUUGCCUAUCUUAUCGCCAGGGAGGCCUUGAUAUAAUCAAGUAUGUUGAGACAAGUGAGCCAGCCGAGAUGACCGAUCAGUGUGUUUUUACUCUCUCACCGACCUCUCUCAAGCUUGCACCGAAGCGCUUCGGAAACGCCCCAAAAGAUAACUACUUCGUAUUCGCCCGGACGCUGGUGGCCAUCCUUGUACCUCGUUAGCCUCUUUGCGUCAUUCCCUGCUCCGCCUGCCUCGGUCUGGUAUGGAGAAGCUAUCACAAGACCACUAAGAGGGGAGACAUUCAGGAUCACAACCAUCGCCUCUUCAUUUGUACAUUCUUCCCCUCAAUAAAAUAUAACUUCCACUAGAAUGCACCGUCUACGGAUUUUGCUGUAGCCCUGGGAUACGACCCCUUCUGGCCCUCCAUCAUCUCUAGUGCCAUUUUCGCUUUCUUGGGUCGUGGAAAGCAACAGGAUGGAUGGGGGAAAGGGGAAAACCCUCCCAGCCACUGGCAGGCGCCGUUCGUCGACCUUUUCCAACCUAAGCUUCCUCAGAGAUGCUGCCCCGGCUAUUGAUCGAAGAGUGAGUGCGACAACUACCACUGCGGGUCACAAUUCAGAUCUCUUGCAAGCUCCAGACGUUUCAAACGGAGCUUCAUUACGUCGCCGUGUGUCUGCCAGCGAGAAGACACCGACACGAUCAUUUUACCAUCGAACAUUUCAUGGGCCAUUGGACACCGCCCAAUACUCCUCACUAGGAGUUCGAGAACGGACUGCAGAGAUCGAGUCUCUAGCCCUAUCUGACGCCGAAUCAAUUAGCCAUAAGUCGCUCUCCGGUUAUGCGAGUGAUUUAUCUACAUCUACUGGCGGUUUAUUCACCAGGGAAGGUUGGGCUGGAGAUGGAGUGUCGGAGCGUCUCACUCGGUCUCGGUCCCGACCAGAGGCCAUUGAAGAAAGGUCAGAACCGACCACCCCCCGAGGAUCCGCCUUCCCUUCGUUCGUGGGUGAAUCUGCCUUGACUGCCAUGUUACGAUCGUCCCCAACGAGCCCCUUGAAGAAAUCUACCAGUGCUCCCGUGCAAUCUAAAAGAGACUCGACCAUACAAGAACCCAAUGAGGAUGAUGACGAAACGGCCCUUGGUCACCGCCCGGUGGCAUCUAUGCCUCGGAUCAUAGAUCCCGAGCAAGCACCGUUGAUCAAAGUUCACAGCAGCUCCAAGUAUGGUGCUAUACCUGACGGCCCUGAAGACUUUGGACCCCAAAGACCAGAUUUAGCUAGCUUAGGCCGAUGGAUGGCCUCAAAACCUCCUGCAUGGGCAAAGACUAUUUGCAACCCACGGACGUGGGACAAAAAAUUUAUAUAUGAAAAUGGAGUACAUUUACCCGUCAGCCUACUGCCAGCUGUUUUCUUAGGCCUGCUUCUCAACAUCCUAGAUGCCCUUUCCUAUGGAAUGAUUCUCUUUCCGUUGGGUGAACCCAUUUUUGCUGCUAUGGGCGCCGAUGGCAUUGCCAUGUUUUAUGUCAGCACUAUCAUCUCCCAGUUGGUUUUUUCCUGCGGAGGCUCGGUCUUCAAAGGCGGUAUCGGCGCGGAGAUGAUCGAGGUCGUCCCCUUUUUCCACGCAAUGGCAACACAAAUUCUCAACAGAGUGGGAGACGAUGACCCUCGAGCUGUUUAUGCAACAACAAUUCUAGCAUUUUCUCUGAGCGCCAUACUCACAGGGCUUGUGUUCUUCAGCAUGGGAGCAUGCCGCCUUGGCUCCCUAAUUGGGUUUUUCCCCCGCCACAUUCUCAUCGGCUGCAUUGGUGGCGUAGGAUGGUUCCUUGUCGUUACUGGUAUCGAGAUAUCCGCUCGUUUAUCAGGCAAUCUAGAAUACAACCUCAAAACAUUAGAGAAGCUUUUCCAGCUUGAUACCAUACCACUGUGGACUGUUCCGUUGCUUCUUGCUAUUGGUCUUCUUGUUCUGAAGCGUUUCAUACGUUCUAAUCUCCUUCUAUGUGCCUACUUUGUAGCCAUCGGGGCCGGUUUUUACAUUGUUAAGUUUAUUACGAAUGUUUCUAUGAGUUCAUUGAGGGAAGGAGGGUGGGUUUUUUAUGCUCCUGCAUCUUCACAACCAUGGUACCAUUUCUAUACGUUAUACGGUAUGUAUCGUCUGCCCCACGAGACAAACUAA